UUGAAAUUGGUUUGAAUUUUGAAAGUUAACCUCAAAGGCAAAAGUUUUAACUUCUGAAAAACUUUCUAUUUAUUGUGUAAACCUUAUAUGAUCCAUGCUAUUUAUUAGAUAUUAGUGAUUCAAUUUAGGUUUACGUAGCUAGCAAUUAAUUAAGUUUUCAUGCAAAACUGUAAUUUUUGUCCGAAUUCCUAAUGAAAUAGAUUAUGUAAUUUCUACGUAAUUUAAACACAUUUUUAUUAAAAAAUAUAAAUGACUUGUGUAUGACGAUUAAAGAUAUAAGCAGCGAACAUUUUAAUUAUGGCUGAUGGAAGCAGUAAAAAAGCUGAAGUAAGCAAUAAAUCAGCCAAAGUGUCUGAGAACAAUGAAACUGUUUCUAACACUGAUGAACAACCUCAAUCGAAGGAACCGGAGGACAAAUGGCUGAUAAGAGACUGUGAGAUAUAUAAAGAUGAAUAUGAUGAGUGCACAAGUUUUAGAGCAAGAUUCCACCAGUACUUCAUUUAUGGAGAAACCUUAGACUGCAACCAAUGGAAGAAAGAUUACAAUAACUGCUGUAAAUGGACUGACGAUGGAGAUGUUAAAGCUGCAGAAGCUAUAAUAAAAAGCGAGAGAAUUCGUAGGCUUGAAAGGUUAAGGGGGCAUUAUCAAAACGAUGUCUGGACAAAGAGAGAGGCACCACCGUCUGAUUGGGACAAACCCUUACCAGAGUGGAUGGUGAAGAGAGAUGAGAACACAUACCUAGCAUAUAAGGCAAAGGAAAUGAGAGAAGGCAAGGAAGAAGAGAGUGAGAAGAGCUUUUGUUCUAUUAUGUAGCAAAUGUUAUAUUUUUGUUGGAACCAAAUGUUACCUCAUAUGUGAUUUUGUUGCUAAGGGAGGCCAAAAUAAUAAUCAUGAACGAUGAUCAAGCUAUUGGGGGCCAACUAGAUAAGUCUCUCAGAAUGAGAAGGGUUUGGCUAAUAGUCCACCACACUGGCCAAGUGCAGAUUGGCAGACAUACCUUCAUACUUAUUAAAUAUUUGUAUAUGAAAUUUUUUGUCUGGGGUGCAAAGUUUUAACCUAAAGUACAUACAUACAUACAUACAAUGUAUUGCUAACCAUGUGUAUAACUGGAAUAUUUUUUGACCACAUCAGUUUAGUAUUUGUUUGUCCUCCUUGAGUAAUAAAAUAAUUGUAGCAUAAACAAUUGUAUGUUUAUGUCAUUAGAAAUGAAUUUUUAAUGAAAUGUGAUGUUAUUUACUGCCAGUUGUGUACACAGCUCAUGUAGAUAGUUAGAUAAAUAUAAGUAGUACAGAAUUAAA